GUGCAAAACAAUCCCAACUAAUGACGUUUCCUCUCCAACUCCGCGGGCGGACCAGUACGUGCAGGUGACGGAACCAUCGCGAGUCUUUGUGGGCAUAAGAAAGCACGCGACCCGAUAACAGAUGGCGCUAUUUAUGUUUGCGCACGAAUAACCGACUGAGCAUGCAUGUUGGUGGAGCCGCUAUUGUUCAGCGUCACCAUUCUCUCUAUGCUCCUGUCGGGACACUUUAAAACUAAACACACACACACACACACACACACUGAUAGGAAGCGCCGGAGGGACACGUGAAAAACAAAGACGCUGAGUUGUGUGACCUCUGCGGGGUGACAGUGACACAGGGGCUACAACGCGGGGACAAACUUUUUUUUCAGCUUCUCCUGUUCUUUUUGUUGUUGUUGUUGUCUCGCCCUGGUUUUGGUCCCUGGUGUUUUCACACACGGGGCUCCUUCCCCAGCCGCGGGGCGUUCACGUACUCCCGGAAGCUUCACCAUUUCCAAUAGUGAAGCGUACGGUUUGAUCAGAAAUGACUCUCAUCCUGUGAGAUGGGCAGGGGAAGCAAACUGUGAUCCUACCUAUUGCGCUUCCUCAAAGACGAGUGCAUUGUGGGAAAUGGAGUGCGCAUGUUAAGUCGGGUUUCCCUUUAAACAUUUCGUCCCGUAUAUCAAAUAUGUAUCUCUAUAAAGUUGAUCAUCAAAUAAGUGUUUUUUCUAGAAUUGUUUUAUUCGUCGAUUAGUCUCUCAAAUGGCAGAAACGACAGCGUGACGAAAUAAUUAUUUAAUUAUUCAUUUUCGUCUGAUCACCAAGUUAAUUAACCACAUACUGUUCUAUUGUUUACAACUCUGUUAUCAGCAUCGUUAGGCCUACCGCGUAUGACACAUUCAUAUCAGAUAUGACUAUUUGAAAAAAACGGUGUGUUUACGCACCGGAGACUCGAACCGAUGAGCUAACUCACCACAAAAGUCCCAUUCUGAAUUCCUACGUUUGCCAGUAGGCAGAUUUCUGAGUCACGACGUUUCCGACAACACCUGAAGGCAACCGCGGUGAAACGACAAGCAAGAGAGACAUAGAAAAACAGCGAGGGGAGAGAGAGAGAGAGAGGGAGAGAGAGAGAGGAACCUGCGUCGCUCUCUGAACACAAGGAGCUAGGAAUGUGCAGAGAUAAUAAUAAUUACACCCGAUCUUUGCAGAGGUGAACCUCGGGUCGCCGUUGUCAGUUGCUGCUCUGGAUGAUCUCCUCUUAUCUCUUCCGGAUCUGGACUCUUUUUAUUUGCUUUUUUUUUUGGAGAGCUUCACCCCCCCCCCCCCUCCCUCCCUGUUUUUGGAGUUGUAAGUGUUUGAGCACAGCGGUGUUUUAACUGGUGAAGGACAUGGAGUAUGUGCAGUCAGCGUUAUAAAAAGCCCACCGUCACAUCACCUGGACGGUGCUAGUGUGCUUCAAACUGAAGAGAGACAGAAAUAAUAUGAAGAACAGAAGUUUGGUGGAAAAAGUAACCCUGAUGAAAAACACCCUGUGAAACUCAACUAACUAACUGAUGACAAACGGGAAUUGAGUGAAAACCCUCAUUUUGGACAAAAACUUGACUCAUUUAGCAAAAAACAGAUUUGACUUAUUUGACCUCUUAUGACUAAAUACGUUACACAGCGCCAUAUAUUCCCUUCCUUGGUGCCAAUGAUUUAUUGACAGUGCCAGAUGAAGAUGGAUACCCAGUAACUGGAGAGUGCUUAAUGAGCUGCUGUGUAAGCAGCUUGAUCGCUGGGUGAUUGAAGGUAGAAAUAAUAAUAAUAAUUUAACUGACCAACAAAAGACAAGCCAGAAAUCCCUAGAUGUGCAGCCGCAGAUAGCAGCAGUUUGGGCUUUUAUUGAGGUUGUGAAAGGCCAGGUAGAAGGGGUAGUGAGGUCUGUGCGAUGAAUCGCAGAGACGUUGUGGAGGUGAUGGCGACCCAGGCCGUGGGGAAGGAGAAGCUGGCUGGAGAACAGCUCAGGAACGAGGUCGACGGCGACGACGACAAGAUCCCCGGGGCCUACGACUGCAACGUCUGCGGACGCAGCUUCCCAUUCCUCAGCUCCCUGUCGCAGCACAUGAGACGCCACACUGGCGCGCGGCCUUACAAGUGCCCCUACUGUGACCACAGGGCCUCGCAGAAGGGCAACCUCAAAGUUCACAUCCGCAGCCACAAACUGGGCACGCUCUCCAGCCACCACUCCAACGACGACGAAGAGGGUGCUGCCGAGGAGGAGGAGAUGAGCGUCUCCGAGGGCCUGGACGGAGGGACGAGUCCAACCAAGAGCAGCUCGGCCUGUAACCGGAUGAUCCACGGGGACGGCGGCGAGGAGGGUCGGAGGAAAGUGCCCGGGAGGAGCCUGAAAAGGGAGAAGCCGGUGACCGACCAGAGGCCUUUCUGUUGCCGCCUGUGCGGCUACGAGGCCCAUCGAGAGGACCAGCUCCUCAGCCACAUUGAAAAGGUCCACAUAACAGCAGACACGGAGGAGGAGGCCACCGUCAAGGAAGAGGCUCCGCCCGAACCCGACGUCGCCCCGCCCCAGAGCGACGGGACCUUCCCAUGUGAGACCUGUGGCCAGGUCUUUACCCAGGCCUGGUUCCUCAAGUCACACAUGAAGAAACAUGCCGGGAUCCUGGACCACUGUUGUCGCAUCUGCGGCAGGCGGUUCCGCGAAGCUUGGUUCCUCAAAUCGCACAUGAAAACCCACAACACCAAGUCCAGGUCACGGUCAAAAGCAGAGCCCGCUGAGCCGCCCGCCACCAUCAACGACGUAGCCCAGGAUCCUGAAAUGGCCACAGGCUCCAUUACAUCCAUCUACCAAAUGUGUUCCAAAUGUGGGAACCUGUUCCACAACCGAGAGAGUCUGAGGGCCCACGAGAAAAUCCACAGUCUCGGCUGCGGAAAGAAAUCCCAGAGCCAGUGCAGCCUCAGUGACGAUGAGGAGGCACCUGCAGCUAAGAGAAGUUUCCUUGACUACUUAAACCUCAAGCCUGUUGAGGAAAAGGCCCUGGGUGAAGACGCGGAGAAUGAGAAGAUGAUGCUGGGUCAAAGAAUCCCAGAGCUGGAUCCCGUUUGCAGCUACCAGGCCUGGCAAUUAGCUACUAAAGGAAGGGUUGUUGAGCCAGUGGAGCCCAGUUACAAAGCCUCCUACGGGGGAGGAGGUAUGGGGGAGGAGGCCCUCGCCGGUGCUGCUGUGGUCUUUGAAAAGGAGAGCAGCCGCUACGUCCUGCAAAGUCAAGGUAAACGCAGCUCGGGCCGCCGCAGCAGCUCCGGUUUGGGAAGCCACGCCUCUUCCGGGGACCGGACACCAGAGAGCCUCAGCGACUCCGAGUACCGGCCCUCGUCGCGCCAGGACCGCCGGCGACCGUCGUCGUCCAAGUCCAACGAGUGCUUCGAGUGCGGGAAGGUGUUCCGCAGUCGCCACCAGAUGGUCGUCCACCAGCGGGUCCACAGGAAGGACGGAGGUCGGGCAUCUGUGGGGGGGGACAAGGACAGAACUACAAGAGACGACCGAUGGGGCUCCACCAGUGAUCCGGAGUCGGGCUCCCCAAGCCGGCCCAGCACCCCGGGGUACGGGGACUCUCCACCUGCCUCCACCCUCGGAAACCAGGCCUCAGAGAUGGGCACCGCGAACUCGGGAGAGAUUGCAGAUGAGAAGCCUUACAUCUGCAGCCCUUGUGACUUUGUCACCUCGGAGCUGCAGGCCUAUUUGACCCACGUUCGUGUUGUUCACCCGGCUGCCCCCAGAGACAGACCCAGCCCCAUUCCCAGCCCCGGCUCGGACAGAGGCACGCCGAGUGGCUAUCCUAGGCUGAAGAGAGCUCUUCUGCACGGGCUGAGCAACUCUGCGCCCCCACCUACUUACCUCUCAUCCCGAUCCUCUCCGCCCAACCCCAGCCUGACGCCUGUGGAUCUGUGUGUGAGGGCCGAGGGCUGCAGGGGUAUAGCCUCCCUGACCCAGGACAGUAAGAGCCUCCCAAGCCACAAGUGCUCCUUCUGCUCCCACUCCACCCGCUACCCAGAGGUGCUCUGGAUGCACCAGACGGUGGCUCACCGCAUCAACAGCAGCAGCUCCAACCUCGCUCCAAAAUGGGCCCUGAAAAACAGCUCUAAAGGCUCCAGGGACAACUUGCCGGCCUCAAAGAGACGCACCGGUCCCCCGCCGGUCCUGGAGGGGAAGGAAUGCCCACCGCUGGCUCCACUGGUGCGUGCCCAACGCACCCAGCCCCCAACCAACUCCAGCGAAGUCCCGAAGAAGAGCAGGCCAGCCAGUCAGGCUGCCAUGCCAUCAUCGUCCUCCUCCUCCACCCCACCCUCCUCGUUGUCCAGGGGAUCCCCAUCCACCUCGGGCACCCAAGCUGGGAGAGUCCCAGUCCGGCCAGCCAGCAGCAGCAGCAGCAGCAAAGUCCGACACAAGGGGGACCAGAGUCAUCCGUCCCGCUUCAAACCCAAAACGGAUAUGUACCCUCGGGGAGGCUCAUCGUCCUCCUCCGGCUCCCGGGAGAAGAGCGCCGGCGGCCCCUCGCGUCCCUCGGCCCCGGGCGCCAGCUCCGCCGCGGCGCCGCGGAUCGCUGACCACUACCUGAUGCCUCAAGAGGGCCUCGGCUUCAUGCUGUCCAGCAAACACGGCCUGGCAGAGUACAGCAGAGCGAGGGGCUCCCCUCAUCAGCCGCUCAUCAACUCCCACGGCCAGAGCAGGGCCAACGCGGCGAGGCCCAGCGCCAUCACCCAUAGCUCCACAGCCGGACACAACCCCCAGGCACACGGAGGCAGCCUGCUGACUUCUUCCUCCUCCUCCUCCUCCUCUUCAACCUCCUCCUCGUCCUCCUCCUCGUCCUCCUCUACGUCUUUGCCUACAGAUGUGAAGCAGGAGCCGAUGGCGGAGACACCAGAGAUGCCAACUGACAUCAUCGGCUUCUUCAAAAACUACAACCCCCAUGAGCUGGCUGCCCUGUACCACCGCUGGGGUGCAGCCAAUGCACUGAUGGACCCCACUGGAAUGCUGAGGUCUCUGAUGCGACAGGGACAGUAUUUCUGCCAUGAGUGCGGGAAGAGUUUCAGUCAGCCCAGCCAUCUGCGUACGCAUAUGAGAUCCCAUACAGUUGGGUUUGAUUUUAACGGACUCCACAGAGGUACUGACGCUCACACCACCGCUUCUGAGGCUCCCAAACAAGGGAGAGGCCAUUCUGCUGCCAGCUCUGCCCAUACCGAGCAUCUCAGAAAGGGAACCUAAAGACGCACGUGCAGAGUGUCCACCAUAUGCCUUUUGACAACAGCCAGUAGCCAGACACGAGGAGCUUGUGUUACUGAGCCGGGAGGAGCCAGAACCCGCCAAUGCCACAACACCCGUAGAGACCAUUUGAUAGACCUCUGAUCCGGCCUUGGGAGCAGACUGGUCAGGGAAUUGCACAUCCUGAAAACAUCAUCGGCCAUUCCGAAAGGACACCAGACUCAUGAUAGACUUUUUGAGCCACUCCUCUUUACGCGUCAUCCUUUAAUGCCCUUAGAAGAAUUUUCUACAAUGAAGGCUCUUGUAGUUUUAUGAUUUUCUAGAUAAAGCAGUGCUAGGCCAUUUUUAAAAUCACAAUUCCUCGGCUGCAUCAGAGAAGAGCGUCUUUUUAACUAACAGGAUGAGUUUCUGGUGAAAUUCUGAAUGUGGAAAUGUAGGUGUCGGGUGAAGAGUGAAAUAUGAAGUGUCUCAGCACGACAGCUGAUUUAAAUUUUGCUUGUUUAGUUUGAAGGUUGGACAAAAUAAGUUUGUGUGUAGUUUACAUCCCCUUAAAGGAUUUCUGAAUACAGAAGCCCGCAAGAUUCAAAGUUACCUCUUGCUGCCAUUUCGGAGGUACCAACGCGUGACGUUGCCUCGUGCAGCUUCACGAGAAAAGCAAAGAGAAGCCGAAUGCAACUGCUAGCGUUUUGAUCAAGGAGUGUUUUGUUGCCUCCCUCUCUCCCUUCAUCUUCUUUUCUUAAGCUUUAUCGCAUUAGAGUCGCGUGUAUUGCUCAGGACACCCAAAUCGUCAGAGACGAGAGAGACAAGAUGCUCUGCAAUUCUUCUCCAGACAAUUGAUGCGUUGCAUUGUUUUAUUUUUCCUUUUUCCGGGGUCGAUGAAGCUGAAAACCUGCAUUGGUCUGCGCGCGUGUGUGUCUGCGUGCACGCGUGCGUGUUAAACUCACAUCCCUCCACCACAGACUGAAAUGUUAGGAGUGCAAACACCACUCUGAGGCUGUGUGGUUGAUGAUUAGAGGGACAGAGACAGAGUUAGAUGGAGGUUGGAUUAAAGAGAGAGAGAGAGGGGGGGGGAACGCUAAUGGGGGUGUCUGCUUUAGUGCUCAUUAAAAAGAGCGUGCGUUUUUAAUAGCCUAUAUAAAUGAGCGCACCAUUUUUAUGGUCAUUCAAUUAUUGUCAAUUUAAGAGGAAGGGACUGAGUGGAGGCAGUUUUCCUCUAUAACUCCAUCGCAUUAAGGGCGGUUUCCGACGGGAGUCGCUAGCUCAGCUGUGGAUUGCACAGAUUUAACUCCCAGUUCGUGCCAUCGCAGAAGAGAAUAUGGCACUGCAAACGUUAACCAGCAAAGAUGCAUCUUGGUUUUUUCUCGCUAAAGGGCAACAUGUUCUAUGUGUUCUUGUGUGAUGAACGCUUAGACACCACAGCCGACCCAAUCUCCGGGGUAGAAGGUUUGUCAGCAGCAAAUUUUACCUUCUUUGACACAAAUCUAGGUUGAUUAUCUGUAUCCUUUCAAGUCUUGUAAUAUAGUUAAAAGCUCAAAUUUGCUUAGGCCUCUCAAAAUGACCCCUAAUCAAACAUUUUAGAGUGGAAUUUCACAACCCGCCUCCUAACCACUGUUCUUUGUGCUAAGCUAACCUGAACUAACAGGCGGCUCGCUGUGUAUUUAGUGAAGCCACGUAAGAGAUGGGUAUCAAUCGUCUCGUUUAAAUCUCAGUAAGAAAAACAGUCGUCUUACGUUCAAAACUCUUCCUUUACAUCUGGAAGUUUUUUUUUUUGUUGAACAGAGCUGAUUUUGGUACCAAAGCAUUGAAGCACACUAAUGAGCCAGACUCCCACACCGUGUGAAGAUUUGCAUUCUGGGAGGAAAGAGUGAGGAGGUCAGCGAGACAGAGAGCAGUCGGGAGGUCAGGAGGUCAGGAGGUCAGGUUUCCAGAGAGAGUUCAGGUAUGAUGAGACCAGGUGGAGACGUUUUGAAGCCUCCCUCUAACCUCCUUUGCAAUGAAAGCUGGUUUUUUAAGUCCACGGGCUGGUGUUCUUUGCUAGGAGGGGAUGCUGUUUUAAUGUCCUCGCCUCUCCUCAGAGGUCUCGGCACGUUGGGGGAAAAAAGGAAAAGCUGCGAGGCAGUGGAAAGCAGCUCAGACCUACAAAAAAAAAGAUUUAUACGCAUGAAAUCCAAAUUUCAAAGAGUUUAAGAUUAUUUUGAGACCUCAGCAGUUUUUGCCCGAUGAUGAGGAUGAUGAUGAGGAUGAUGAAAUUGUUGCUAUACCAGUAGUUUGUUGAGUUAUGCAUACAACGCUGUAUGCUUGAAUAUCCCUAAUGGUACACAAAUGUGUAUAUUGAAGGUGUGGAUAGUGAAAUUACUUGAAACGGAUACUCUAGCCUUCGAGGUAGUGUAGUACUAAUACCAAUGUUGUACAGAAUUCCCUUUAAGAUUAACUCCUCAGUUAUGAAUUUGUACUCCGAAGUGUGACUUAGAAAAACUAUGAAGCAGGAGCAAGUGUAUAUAUAUAAACGGUAUAUCUGUAAUUCACUCUUACCAAACUCUUAUAUACAGCAGUAGAAACCAAAUGGCAUUACUAGUGCACUUAGAUUAGGUGACUGCUUUAACCGUUCUCAAUUUUGUUCAAUGCUAGCUAAGGUUUCUUUGAGUGUCUUUUUAAUGGUGCCAGCUAACGCGCUUCACGUCAUUUCUGUUUUUUGAGGCUUUUUCUUUGGAUGAUUCCAUAGAAAUGAAUGACAGCUGAUUCGACGGCAGCGCGGCACAGCUUUUUAGGCUUUGUUUGCUCAUUGAAGGUUUGAUAAUGCUAGGUGCAGCACUGCAAGAGUGUGUGUUUUUAGUCUCUCUCCUUGCUAAACUGUAGGAUUGUUCUGUAGCUAGUCAUUGCUGCCCUCCCAGAGGGGCUUGCAGCUGUUGUUCUUUUCUUUUGGUUGGGUUUUCUUCAUGCCUUUUAAGUUGUAUUAUUUGUGUCUGUUUUGCUUUUUUUAAUGGUUGUGAACUUCAUGAUUAAUUUACCUUAAACAACAUUAUUAUUCCAAAUGUAUUUGGUUGGUAUCUGUAUUUAUUAUCACUUCAAAAAAGGAUUAGAGGACAGAGGCAGACGGGUGCUUUUGUUUAAUUUGAUUUUCCUGGGUUGUUUUUUUUGUUUUUAUACUGUGUAGUUUUCAUGCCAGCAACCGAUGUGAAAGCUCUACCUCGUCUGAGCCAUUCUCAGUUUCUGUUACACUUCUGUACAUCAUUUCAAAAAGGUGUAAUGUCAUGUCCACAAUAAAGACACACAAAAUGGCACCUGUUGGCUUCGAACACAUUUGCUGUGUACAAAAGGAUCUCAUUUUAGUUGGAUAACUACAGUAAAAGGCCCUCGGUGGUGUCAGUGGUUUGUCCGCUGUGGGCUCCUGUAGAAACAUGGCGGCGUAUCUGUGCGCUCAGACGGACCAUAUACAUGCAGGUUAAAUUUACUCACUUUUUAUUGUCCUGUUACCUGAUGUCUUUUACUCUGAUGUAACAAACAGCCCUAUCUUUCAGUUGUUUUUCCUACAUUGGGUACUUUUCCUGUGUUUAAACCAGCUACAUUCCUGUGUGCUCGAGAAGUAGAACAAACCACAUCCACCCAUCUGCUAAUC